AUGGCGACCGCCGCCGCCCCGCGCCACCGGCCCGCGAGCCCGCAGCGAGCCCUUGACGCCCGAGCCGCCGACCACGCCUCCCCCGCGCCCGAGAGCCCCUCGUCGCCGACCGCCGCCCGCGACCGCCCCCACGUCGCCGGCCGGACCCCGCCGCCCGCACCUCCCUCCGCGGCGCCGCGCCUCGCCCGUCGCCUCCAGCUCCCGCCGCCCCGCGCCGCCCUCAUCUCCGGCGAGCUCGCCCGAGCUCCGGUCCCCUCCGCCGCGCCCCUCGUCCCCGCCGGCCAGAUCCGGUCGGGCCGGACCGGAUCCGGCCACUCCCGAGCUUCUCCGGCUGUCCCCGAGCCCCGCCAGCCGUCCUUCUCCUCAUCUCCGUCGAGUUACCCCGGCCAACCUCGGAAUCCGUGCAAGAUCCGGAUCUAG